GUGGGUUAGAAAAACGCGAAGCUCAGCAUCAGAGUAGGAUAUUAACAGUAUGGUUGACAGCUGAAACCCGCCAACCUAACAGACGGAGUUUACAGGUAACAUGAUGGAGGUGGCAGGUUCAUGGGCAGAAGUGUUUGAGGGCUCAGAGGCGAAGGAGGAAUCGUCCGAGACGCUGUUGGGCAGCUCAACUCUCACUCUGGCUCCUCUGGUAUCCGACUCGCCAUCCAUCCGCCGCUCCCAGCCCAUCCUGAUUACCUCAAACAGGGCGAAGGGCGUGGAGUCGUUCUCUUCCUCCGUCCCAUCCAUACCAAACCCGUUCCCUGAGCUUUCCAAAUCUCCGGUGCUCAUCAGUUCUUUUCCACCACAGUCGAGUGACAAACAUGUGAUUAAGGUGUAUGGAGAGGACAGCCACAGCAGGUCGGUGUGGGUUUCUCCAGGAGCCACAGCCAGGGAGGCGUGCCACAUGUUGGUGCAGACGGCUCACUGCAGCGACCAGGAAAACUGGGCCCUCCUCGAAGUCCAUCCCACCCUCGGUCUGGAGAGGUGUCUGGAGGACCACGAGGUUGUGUUGGAGGUUCAGGCGACCUGGUCUCUGAAGGGUGACACGAGUGUUGGCCAGCUGUGCUCUACACUCUGCACUGAUCUGGCUUUCUCCAGUUAUGAUGAAAACCUGCUCAAGUCUGGGACCUGUCCGGAGAUCCAGGGUUUCCUGCAUGUUAAAGAAUCAAGUCGAAAAGCCUGGAAGAAGGUUUAUUUCUUCCUGCGCCGCUCGGGACUCUACAGCUCCACCAAGGGCUCGUCCAAGGAGCCUCGUCACCUGCAGUAUGUGGCUGAUCUGGAUGAUCUGAACGUCUACACCGUGGUGAACAGCCGCAAACUAUACGGAGCGCCGACAGACUUCACCUUCUGCAUCAAGCCUUCCAAAAACCCCAUCCGUGUUCAGGACCUGAAGAUCCUGUGUGCCGAGAACGAGCAGACACGAACUUGUUGGACGUCCGCCUUCAGAUUGUUCAAGUACGGGAAGCAGCUUCAGCGUAACUAUGAGAUGUCCAAAGCAGCUCCACAAAAAGUGGAAGGAUCCAAAUUAGCAGAUGGCAAAUCAAAGUCGGAGGCUAGCCUGGUGGCCAUGGACUUCUCUGGGAAGGCUGGCGGGAGGGUCAUCCAGAACCCGAUGGAAGCCCAGCGCGCAGAGCGGGAGGAGGGGCUUGCAUGGAGGGACGACGGCGACACGCUCUUUAUUGACCUCCUGCAGUUGGUCGAGUUUCAUCAAAUCAACAAGGGCAUCCUGCCAGUGUGCCUCAAACACCCCUGCGUCUGCGUAGCACUAUAAACCUGCAGCGCCUUCACCUCACCUCUGCCCAGCUGCACCACCUCCACCCAAACUCCCCACUCAGGUUGUCAAAGAAAAUCUCGCACUGCAGUGUGAUGAAUUUAUCAGGCUGUGAGACGAGGACUCGAGGGAAGACGGGCGAAAAGCAUACUCUCUGCUCCUCCUCCCUUUAGUUUUAAACACAUUCUCCACAUCGUGCAGCUCCAGACUCUAGCUAUUUUUUUUAUUUUAAUUAACGAGCAGCGGCCCCACCGGAGACGGCUUAAUUAGCCGCGUUAGACAGACUUUUUAGCGCUUUGGGGACCAUGUUGAU